AUGGCUUCUAGAAAGAAAGAGAAUGUUAAAGCCACUAAUGCAAAACCUCCCAAGCUUAGUGAGAAAGCGAGAAGAAAACAGGUCGUGGAUGAACUGUCAACCUCCAGCUCUAGCAGCUCUAGCAGUAGCGAAUCGGCUACAGUGAAAGCGAAAUCUUCGUCAUCUAAAUCGAAGGGCUCCCGUUCUAGUUCUAGCCCAAGUUCCAGUUCGAGCUCCAGUAGCUCAGGGUCGGACAAUUCGAGUUCCAGUUCGGACUCUGAGCAAUCUAGCUCCGAUGAGACUAGCUCUGACAGCUCCAGCGGCUCCAGCUCCAGCAGCUCUAGUUCUGACGACUCGAGUUCCGAUGAUUCAAGCUCUGAUGACUCUAGCUCCAGUUCCAGCUCCAGCGACCCUAGCUCUAGCUCCAGCGACUCCAGUUCCAGCUCCAGCGACUCUGGCUCCAGCUCCAGUUCCAGCUCCAGCGACUCUAGUUCCAGCUCCAGCGACUCUAGCUCUAGCGACUCUAGCUCCAGUUCUAGCGACUCUAGCUCUAGCUCCAGCGACUCUAGUUCCAGCGAAUCUGGCGACUCAGAGAGUUCCUCCGAGGAAACUAACGAAGAGAAUCAAUCAAAAACCUCAGGCAAAACUGCGCAAAAGACUAGGAAGAGAUCCCUCGAAGAUGAUGGUGACACCAAACUCACCAAAAAAACAAAGGCACAAGACGAGAAUCUGGAAUCUGCAUCAACAUCUAGAACAGAAUCACCUGCCCCACUCAGUACUCCAAAGGAUGCGAUUUCCGCAGGCGAAGACAUGUUAAGACCGGGACAGAGAAAGCACUUCUCCAGAAUAGAAAGAUCACGUAUUUCUUUCGAGGACAGGGAACUCACGGAUAAUACUUAUAAAGGCGCUGCAGGUAACUGGGGUGAGCUCGCCAACGAGAAACUAAGCAGGGUUAGAGGAAAGGACUUCACCAAGAACAAAAACAAGAUGAAGAGAGGAUCUUACAGAGGGGGAUCCAUCACCCUCAGCUCCGGAUCUUACAAAUUUCAGGACUAG